CUGUUCGAUCUCUAUGGUUUAUCCGUUUACGUCCUGAUUAGUUCCCGGAGUUUUCAAUUUACCGUAAACAAAAGGGAUGGGCGCCGACCCGGAAGUGGAAAUCGGAGCCAGGCCGGAGUAGCGCCGAAGGCCAGCAGUGAGGAGGCGGGUGGGGGGCAGCCGUAGCCAUGGCGGUGGCUGUGGCUAUGGCGGGAGCCGUAAACGGGACGGAGCUGGGCCCCGCAGAAGAACUCGCCAAACUCGAGUAUCUGUCUUUAGUGUCGAAGGUUUGCACUGAGCUGGACAAUCACCUGGGAAUCAACGACAAGGAUCUGGCUGAAUUUGUGAUCAGUCUUGCUGAGAAAAAUACCACCUUUGAUACUUUUAAGUCUUCUCUGGUCAAAAAUGGUGCAGAAUUCACGGAUUCGCUUGUAAGUAACUUGCUGCGUCUCAUACAAACCAUGCGGCCUCCAGCAAAGCCUUCUACUAGCAAAGAUCCGGUUGUUAAACCCAAAACUGAAAAAGAAAAACUGAAGGAACUCUUCCCAGUCCUUUGCCAACCAGACAACCCUUCUGUUCGGACCAUGCUGGACGAGGAUGAUGUGAAAGUUGCUGUGGAUGUCCUAAAAGAACUGGAGGCCUUAAUGCCCAGUGCAGCAGGCCAGGAGAAACAAAGAGAUGCUGAGCACCGGGACAAGUCAAAGAAGAAGAAGCGGAGCCGGAGCCGGGAUCGAGAGCGAGACCGUGACCGUGACCGAGAGCGAGACCGCGAUAGAGACCACAAACGGAGACACCGGUCCCGCUCCAGGACCCGGGAGAGGAAUAAAGGGAAGUCUAGAUAUCGGUCUAGGAGUAGAAGUCAGAGUCCCCCAAAAGACCGGAAGGACCGAGACAAGUAUGGAGAGAGGAAUCUGGACAGAUGGCGGGAUAAGCAUGUGGACCGCCCUCCCCCGGAAGAGCCCGCCAUUGGGGACAUUUACAAUGGCAAAGUUACCAGCAUCAUGCAGUUUGGUUGCUUUGUGCAGCUGGAGGGACUAAGGAAGCGGUGGGAAGGCCUGGUGCACAUCUCUGAGCUCCGGAGGGAAGGCCGUGUGGCCAAUGUGGCUGAUGUGGUGAGCAAAGGCCAGAGGGUCAAGGUCAAAGUGCUGUCCUUCACUGGGACCAAGACCAGUCUGAGCAUGAAGGAUGUAGAUCAAGAGACCGGAGAAGAUCUAAACCCAAAUCGACGACGAAAUCUUGUUGGGGAGACCAAUGAGGAGACCUCGAUGAGGAAUCCAGACAGACCCACUCACCUGUCCCUCGUCAGCGCCCCUGAAGUAGAAGAUGACUCACUGGAGCGCAAGCGCCUUACCCGCAUCUCUGACCCAGAGAAGUGGGAGAUCAAACAGAUGAUUGCUGCCAACGUCCUUUCCAAAGAAGAGUUUCCAGACUUUGAUGAAGAGACUGGCAUUCUCCCUAAAGUGGAUGACGAAGAAGAUGAGGACCUUGAGAUUGAACUGGUUGAGGAAGAGCCUCCAUUCCUGAGAGGGCACACCAAGCAAAGCAUGGACAUGAGCCCUAUUAAAAUUGUUAAGAACCCAGACGGCUCCCUCUCCCAAGCAGCAAUGAUGCAGAGUGCCUUGGCCAAAGAGAGACGGGAACUCAAGCAGGCCCAGCGGGAAGCCGAGAUGGAUUCUAUACCCAUGGGACUCAACAAACACUGGGUUGAUCCUCUGCCUGAUGCGGAAGGCAGGCAGAUUGCUGCCAAUAUGAGGGGUAUUGGGAUGAUGCCCAAUGACAUUCCUGAGUGGAAGAAGCAUGCCUUUGGGGGCAACAAAGCUUCUUAUGGAAAGAAGACCCAGAUGUCAAUCAUUGAGCAGAGAGAGAGCCUGCCCAUCUACAAACUGAAGGAGCAGCUGGUCCAGGCUGUCCAUGACAAUCAGAUCCUGAUUGUUAUUGGGGAGACAGGAUCUGGGAAAACAACGCAGAUCACCCAGUACCUGGCGGAGGCAGGCUACACUUCCAGGGGCAAGAUUGGAUGUACCCAGCCAAGAAGAGUGGCAGCCAUGUCAGUGGCCAAAAGGGUGUCAGAGGAGUUUGGCUGUUGCUUAGGUCAAGAGGUGGGCUACACCAUUCGAUUUGAGGACUGCACCAGCCCCGAAACAGUUAUCAAGUACAUGACAGAUGGGAUGUUGCUCCGAGAGUGCCUGAUUGACCCCGACCUCACUCAGUAUGCGAUCAUCAUGUUGGAUGAGGCACACGAGAGGACAAUUCACACUGACGUGCUCUUUGGAUUGUUGAAAAAGACAGUUCAGAAACGGCAGGACAUGAAGCUGAUUGUCACCUCAGCCACAUUGGAUGCAGUGAAGUUUUCUCAGUACUUCUAUGAAGCUCCCAUCUUCACCAUUCCUGGUCGAACAUAUCCGGUGGAAAUACUGUAUACAAAGGAACCUGAGACAGAUUAUCUGGAUGCCAGCUUGAUCACUGUCAUGCAGAUCCAUUUAACAGAACCACCAGGUGACAUCCUGGUCUUCCUGACUGGUCAGGAAGAGAUUGAUACUGCUUGUGAGAUCCUGUAUGAAAGAAUGAAAUCUCUGGGACCUGAUGUUCCAGAGCUGAUCAUCCUCCCUGUAUACUCUGCUCUGCCCAGUGAGAUGCAGACCCGAAUCUUUGACCCAGCUCCACCCGGCAGCAGAAAGGUCGUGAUUGCCACCAACAUUGCAGAGACAUCACUGACCAUCGACGGCAUCUAUUAUGUGGUGGACCCUGGAUUUGUGAAGCAGAAAGUUUACAAUUCCAAGACAGGGAUUGACCAGCUGGUGGUGACUCCUAUUUCUCAGGCUCAGGCAAAGCAACGAGCUGGCAGAGCUGGGAGAACAGGCCCAGGGAAGUGUUACAGGCUGUACACAGAACGUGCCUACCGAGAUGAAAUGCUGACCACCAACGUGCCGGAAAUCCAGAGAACCAACUUAGCAAGCACCGUGCUCUCGCUCAAGGCCAUGGGCAUCAAUGACCUGCUGUCCUUUGACUUCAUGGAUGCCCCACCAAUGGAAACCUUGAUCACAGCCAUGGAACAGCUAUACACAUUGGGGGCCCUGGAUGAUGAGGGCCUGCUUACUCGCCUGGGCCGCAGGAUGGCGGAAUUCCCCUUGGAGCCAAUGCUGUGCAAAAUGCUGAUCAUGUCUGUGCAUCUGGGCUGCAGUGAGGAAAUGCUGACCAUUGUGUCCAUGCUCUCUGUACAGAAUGUCUUCUACAGGCCCAAGGAUAAACAAGCCCUCGCUGAUCAGAAGAAGGCUAAAUUCCACCAGACCGAAGGGGACCACCUCACUUUGCUGGCCGUGUACAAUUCCUGGAAGAACAACAAAUUCUCCAACCCCUGGUGCUAUGAGAACUUUAUCCAGGCUCGUUCUCUGCGCCGGGCCCAGGACAUUCGUAAGCAGAUGUUAGGCAUAAUGGACAGACACAAGCUGGAUGUGGUCUCCUGUGGUAAGUCCACCGUCCGAGUGCAAAAGGCCAUCUGCAGUGGAUUCUUUCGAAACGCUGCCAAGAAAGACCCGCAGGAGGGUUACCGGACACUGAUUGACCAGCAGGUGGUCUACAUCCAUCCUUCCAGUGCUCUGUUCAACAGACAGCCGGAAUGGGUGGUAUACCAUGAGCUGGUGCUGACCACGAAGGAGUAUAUGCGUGAGGUCACCACCAUCGACCCCCGGUGGCUUGUGGAAUUUGCUCCGGCCUUCUUCAAGGUCUCUGACCCAACCAAGCUCAGCAAACAGAAGAAGCAGCAGCGUCUUGAGCCCUUGUACAACCGCUACGAGGAGCCCAACGCCUGGAGAAUAUCCCGGGCCUUCCGGCGGCGCUAAAAGGCAAGACUUACCUGUUUGCUUCUCCUGCACCAGUGGCCCCGGGCUUGACUUCACUCUUACUGGUGAAAAGCUGGUCCUGAGGAUACAGCUGUUCAGUGACUGAGUGUUUUAACUGGACAUUGUCUAAACUUGACUCGCAUUUCUUCCCUGCUGGUAAUGUAGAAACAGGGAUUUAUGCCUGAUUUGACCAGAGCCUCCAGCCCCCACCAGGGGCCAGCAUGGGCUCACAGCCGGCUGAGGGCACACUGCAUCAUCUUCAAGAAAGGGGCAACACGUACAGCCCUGGGAUGAGAAGAGGCAGUUGGAAGUAUCAGACAGACGUAUGCGGUGGGGGCCUGAUGCCCUCCCUGGCUAGUACUCUGGAGGAGGGAGCCACUACGCUCCCUGAAAGUGUUGGCUCCCCCUUCCUGCUCCUGUCCAUUCCCUGUACUUUUGCUUAAUCUCCUGGAAAUAUUUAUUUUCUUAAGGAAACAAAAA